GGGUUUUUGGUGCGAAACAUUGUGUUUUUAUUUUAAUUUGCGUGCAAUAUAAACAGUGAAUUGUGUCGAAAUGAGUGCAGUGGAUAAUACAAAGCAACUGUCGAUUGCGGACAUACGCAAUUACAUGGUGCAAAACGAUGGCAAGGUGACAAACCAUGCACUCGUCAAGCACUUCAAGAAAUUUCUUACGCACACCCAAAAUGAGGCCGAGGCACGCAAGCGUUUCAAGACAUAUGUGACGCUGCUCUCUACGAUUAAAAACGAAAACAAUCAAAAGUAUCUGAUACUGCGCAAAAAGUAUCUCAAUGAGUGUCCAUCGGAUGAAGUUGUGGACAGAGCCGUUGAGGCUGCUGGCAAUGCCUCCACACCCUCCAGUCCGGGUGCCGGCUCAAUUGUAUCCAUGACAGAUAGCGGCAUCUCACCAAUGAGACAACCACCACCCUAUAAAGCACCGCCAGAAGUGCAGCAAUCCUCGCCAGCGCCAGCUCCAACACCUGCUCUCAGCACUGGCGUUGUUGUGCACCAAGAUCAAGUGGAGAGCUAUCGCGAUUGCGUCAGCGAAUUUACAGCAGCCAUGCAACGCCUCGAUCCCGCUCGCCUCGAGCUGCAAUCAAGCCAAGCAAAGCCAGAAGUGGACAAGAGCAGCGAGAACAGCGAGAUUAGCAAGAGUGCCAAGUCGGUGUCCCGCGGCAAUUCUGUGGACGAGAGCAGCAACAAGGAGAACAUACCACGUUUCUCCUUCUCUUCCACCACAUCCACGGAUAGCUCGACGGCAGCAGAUAAGGUAUCCGGCACGGAGGCUGAGUUGGCCGAGAAUCCCAUGAGCGUGAAGGAGGCGACACGCAAAUUCAACCGGAUGGCAUCCGAGGAAGAGGCAAAAAUCAUUUCGCCACCGCCCAAGAAAAAACCAGAGAAGCAAUUAAUUGAGGAGAAGGAUACACCCGAUGUGACACUCUCGCAUCCCAAGGCAAAGGAAUGGAUUGUCUCAAUGGCCAAGGCUAAUUACCAAGAGCUGGCAAAGCUGGCUAACGAUAAUCCCGAACUGGUUAAACUGCAGACCGCUCUACACUGGGCUGCCAAGCACGGCAACGAGGAUGUGGUUAAACUAAUUGCCGGCACCUAUAAAGCGGAUGUCAAUGCCCGAACGCAUGGGGGAUAUACACCGCUUCAUUUGGCCACACAAUUUGGAAGGGAUAAUAUAUUCGAAUUACUCUGGAAUGUUUACAAGGCCAAUCGUGACAUUAUGGAUUGGAGUGGAAAUAAGCCACUGGAUUAUAGUCGGCAGCGUGCCAGUGUCUCGGCCUCAACGUGCAGCAAAAUCAAAGCGCGAAAAAAGAAUACAAUCGAAAAAGAUUUGGGAUUCCUGCGGAUUGGUUCACUGAAUGUCCGAGUAAAGAAAACAACCGAAGCGUUCAGCAACUUCUUGGGAGUGGGCAAUGGCAGUGGACCAGUUGGGCCGAUGGGAUCCGCCGAAGUGAAUCGCCAUCACCAGCGAACUCACCGUCACCCUCAUCAGCGUCAUCAUCUUCAUGCCAAUGGUACGACACGGAAUCGUCCUCCGAAUCAGAGAGCAUCGGCGACAAUACCAUACGGAACGAAUAAUAUGCUCGGCUCGCGUGCGAGUGUUCCACUCAAUAUGAAUAUCUAUGAGGCCGUUCACAAGUCCUGGGGCUCAGCCGACAAUAUAACGCAGCGUUCCGAAAACCUAAUGCCACCACCAAAAUCCGUUUCAAAGCGCUACAGAUCCUCGAAACGUUCAUCAUAUGCCUCCAAUGCCACCGAUUCACCGCGGGACUCCAUCUGCUCAUCCAAUUCCAGUUCAAAUCUCAACACUGGCUACAGCAGCAUGCCCACAACUCCAAAUCAAAUACGUGCACCCAAAAGCAUUGGCUCAUCUCUGGUUGUCGAUUCGGAUUCCGAUUCGGCUUGUGGCUUUGACUCCAACUGGUCGGUUAAUGACCGCAAUUCACUAAACAAUAAUGUGCUAAAAUCCUAAUCCAAAAUGAUUUCUUUCAAUAUACCAAUACUAAAUGAUUAAAAAUCUCUAAAACUCUUUGUAACGUUUUGUAAUGUAAGAGACAAUAAUCUGAGGAUUGAUUGAGAUUGAGAAUGUGUAAUCUUCAUGAGUUCGUUGGAUAAAAUAUAAAAUGUUACACAUGCAAUUUAAUUAUAUAAUACUCUAUAUAGGUGGUCUUUUAAACUCGUCUAAAGAACACUCACAAACACUCUAACCCUAAAUGUUUUCUUACGUAUUUUAAGUAACGCUAAUUAAUCAUUCACAAUUCUUGUAAUAAUUUAAAUACACACAAAAUUGUAUCUGUAAUUGCAAAUUGACGAAAUUAUCAAAAUUGUAUUGAAAACAACAUAUUUUUACAUUUAUUUUUUUACAAAAUAUACAAUGGAUUUGAA